AUGGAAUUUAAACUCACCCUUAGGAGAGGUUAUAAGAAGGCAAUUUGCUUUCACAUUUCUUGCCCUGAUUUCAUCGCCUAUGCGUCGCGCAUAGGCAGACGUAACGUUCUGAAGCUUUAUCUCUUAGAAGAGGAAUCGCUUGCGGUGCCUGAGUGGUUGACUCUGGCAGAGGGUGUGCGACCGCAUCCAUUAACGGAGAAGGUGGUGGUGCCGGGUACCCUGAACCGCCUGGUUGGGAUGCUCAGUGUUGCCAAGGAGGAACUACCAGAUUGUCCCCUCUACUUUCAGUCGGAUCGCCUCUGUGCAACCCUCCGCACUCCUGUGCCUAAAAUCGCCCUUAUCAGGUCAGCUUUCCUGUACGCCUUUUCAUCAUUCCGUUGUGAACAGCUUGCUGCAUAG